AACAUUAACUAUUUAUAUUUGAAAUUUAUACAGGCUGAGGCAUCAUGGGAGCGUACAAGUAUAUGCAGGAGUUAUGGAGGAAGAAGCAGUCUGAUGUGAUGAGGUUUUUGCUCCGUGUGCGGUGCUGGCAAUACCGUCAACUGUCUUCCCUUCAUCGGGCUCCAAGACCCACCAGACCAGAUAAAGCCCGUAGACUGGGAUACAAGGCCAAACAAGGCUAUGUUAUCUACCGUAUACGUGUGCGCCGUGGUGGCCGCAAGCGCCCUGUGCCUAAAGGUGCCACCUAUGGUAAACCUGUGCAUCAUGGCGUCAACCAGAUCAAGUUUGCACGCAGCCUUCAGUCAGUAGCUGAGGAGCGUGCUGGCCGUCACUGCGGAGGUCUCCGGGUCCUGAACUCCUACUGGGUGGGUGAAGACUCCACAUACAAGUUCUUUGAAGUCAUCCUUAUUGACACCUUCCACAAAGCCAUUAGACGCAACCCCGACACUCAAUGGAUUACCAAGGCUGUGCACAAGCACAGGGAAAUGCGCGGCCUCACGUCAGCGGGCAAGAAGAGCCGUGGUCUGGGCAAGGGCCACAAGUUUCACCUUACCAUCGGCGGCUCUCGACGUGCUGCAUGGAAGAGACGCAACACUCUGCAGCUGCACCGUUACCGCUAGACAAAGUGUGCUUAAACUGUACAUUUAUCCAAAUAAAGAUCCUUUGUAUGGUCA